AUGGACAUCAACAGCUGCCAUCUGGGAGAAAAGGAAUGGCAAUGUUCUGGACAACCUGCAUACAAGUGCAGCGUGGUGAAAGUGACCAAUGACCUCAGCAUGAAUUUCACCAAGGAAGUGAGUGACUCAUUGAAAGAAACAUUUCAGAGUGACAGAAUAACUGAUUAUGUAAGUGUGGCAAAUGUUCUACAUAAUGGCUUCACUAUGUACAGCAAAACAUGCACAAAAGUGAAAAAGCAGAACUCCUACACCAUACUGAUAGAUACGUGUAUCGCAGAGUCUGAUGUCAUUGAGGUAGAAUCCUUUGUAAUGCAUAAAGAAUCGAAGAAGGUGCCGGCCAUUGAAGAAGAAUGUACAGGAGACCAAUACAGCUUCCAUCCAAGCAAGCAAACGUCUACUGGCCAUCUACCCAGAGGUGGGUCUACAGCAGACCAAGAUGACUCUGGAUCUACAGCUGGUAGUGUACACACUCGAAGCCAUAUAAGGAGUCCCCCUGAAUCGCCAGCACAGCGACACUCUCAAAGUCGCGCAAGGUGUCCCCCAGAAUCGCCAGCACAGAGACGCUCUCAAAGCCGCGCAAGAAGUCCCCCUGAAUCGCCAGCACAGAGACGCUCUCAAAGUCGCGCAAGGAGUCCCACUGAAUCGCCAGCACAGAUACGCUCUAAAAGCCGUGCAAGGAGUCCCUCUGAAUCGCCAGCACAGAGACGCUCUCAAAGCCGCGCAAGGAGUCCCCCUGAAUCGCCAGCACCGAGACGCUCUCAAAGCCGCGCAAGGAGUCCCCCUGAACCGCCAGCACAGAAACGCUCUCAAAGUCGCGCAAGGAGGCCCCCUGAAUCGCCAGCACAGAGACGCUCUCAAAGUAAUGCAAGGAGUCCCCCUGAAUCGCCAGCACAGAGACGCUAUCAAAGUCGCGCAAGCAGUCCCCCUGAAUCGCCAGCACAGAGACGCUCUCAAAGGCGCGCAAGGAGUCCCACUGAAUCGCCAGCACAGAGACGCUCUCAAAGUUGCGCAAGGAGUCCCCCUGAAUCGCCAGCACAGAAUCGCUCUCAAAGUCGCGCAAGGAGUCCCCCUGAAUCGACAGCACAGCGACACUCUCAAAGUCGCGCAAGGAGUCCCCCUGAAUCGCCAGCACCGAGACGCUCUCAAAGCCGCGCAAGGAGUCCCCCUGAACCGCCAGCACAGAAACGCUCUCAAAGUCGCGCAAGGAGGCCCCCUGAAUCGCCAGCACAGCGACACUCUCAAAGUUGCGCAAGGAGUCCCACUGAAUCGCCAGCACAGAGACGCUCUCAAAAUCGCGCAAGGAGUCCCCCUGAAUCGCCAGCACAGACACACUCUCAAAGUCGCGCAAGGAGUCCCCCUGAAUCGCCAGCACCGAGACGCUCUCAAAGCCGCGCAAGGAGUCCCCCUGAAUCGCCAGCACAGCGACACUCUCAAAGUUGCGCAAGGAGUCCCACUGAAUCGCCAGCACAGAUACGCUCUAAAAGCCGCGCAAGGAGUCCCUCUGAAUCGCCAGCACAGAGACGCUCUCAAAGCCGCGCAAGGAGUCCCCCUGAAUCGCCAGCACCGAGACGCUCUCAAAGCCGCGCAAGGAGUCCCUCUGAAUCGCCAGCACAGCGACACUCUCAAAGUUGCGCAAGGAGUCCCACUGAAUCGCCAGCACAGAGACGCUCUCAAAAUCGCGCAAGGAGUCCCCCUGAAUCGCCAGCACAGAAUCGCUCUCAAAGUCGCGCAAGGAGUCCCCCUGAAUCGCCAGCACCGAGACGCUCUCAAAGCCGCGCAAGGAGUCCCCCUGAAACGCCAGCACAGCGACACUCUCAAAGUCGCGCAAGGUGUCCCCCUGAAUCGCCAGCACAGAGACGCUCUCAAAGCUGCGCAAGGAGUCCCCCUGAAUCGCCAGCACAGACACACUCUCAAAGUCGCGCAAGGAGUCCCCCUGAAUCGUCAGAACAGCGACACUCUCAAAGUCGCGCAAGGAGUCCGCCUGAAUCGCCAGCACAGAGACGCUCUCAAAGUCGCGCAAGGAGUCACACUGAAUCGCCAGCACAGAUACGCUCUAAAAGCCGUGCAAGGAGUCCCUCUCAAUCGCCAGCACAGAGACGCUCUCAAAGCCGCGCAAGGAGUCCCCCUGAACCGCCAGCACAGAAACGCUCUCAAAGUCGCGCAAGGAGGCCCCCUGAAUCGCCAGCACAGCGACACUCUCAAAGUCGCGCAAGGUGUCCCCCUGAAUCGCCAGCACAGAGACGCUCUCAAAGUAAUGCAAGGAGUCCCCCUGAAUCGCCAGCGCAGAGACGCUAUCAAAGCCGCACAAGGAGUCCUUCUGAAUCGCCAGCACAGAGACGCUAUCAAAGCCGCACAAGGAGUCCUUCUGAAUCGCCAGCACAGAGACGCUAUCAAAGCCGCACAAGGAGUCCUUCUGAAUCGCCAGCACCACAAAGACACACUCAGAGUCAUAUAAGGAGUCCCUCUGAAUCGUCUGCACAAAGACACUCUCAGAGCCACAGGAGGGUUCUUGGCAGGAAGAGACUCCGGUCUUUUAGCCCUGAACAGUCGACCCAAUCAAAGAAACUUUGUUCUCCAUACAGAGGCAGUGAGGAAAGGGAAAAGUUGGCAAACUCUGAAGAAGAUUAUGAACAGCCUUUCAAGUCACUGCAGUUGAAGGCAACAGACUUCCCUCUUUCUGUGGAAACCACCGGCAUGUCAGCAUCUCUUUGGUGCAGUUUAGCUAUGGGACGUCCAGACAUGUACAGAGCAUAG